UUAAAAAAACAGUCGAGGUCGCGUGUGAUGACGUCAUCACUAAGGUCGACCGAUGAUGACGGCAUGGCAAUUGAAGCAGAGUGCAGUUCGCAGCAUAUUUCCAACAGCCAUUGGACUCUCUUCAAAAUUGUCUAAGACUACAUCACGUGUAUAUAAAAAUAUAACUUAUUCAACGGAACUUUGAAAACGUCAUAUUCUUGCAGUCAUGCAGUUUUUUUGGUUCGUGUUAGACGAUUUUUUUUAAGCAGUAGUUCAGUACAUCCUGCAAUUUCCCCGACAUGUACACAACAUAUGGUCGCCAUGGAGACGCAGCACCGCGGGACUCCUCGUUCGCUCGGUGUCGUCCGACCAUUCCACCAUAAAACAAACCAUUCUCCCGAAGGCAAACCAUGCUAGACACGUAAAUAUAACAGGAAAGUUUGAUCAUGAAGACAAAACGGAGUUAAUGCAUAAGCUGAGCCGAGGGCAGGGCGGCCAAAUGGGCUCCACGGAGAGGAAAUACGAGCUGUGUGGGCCUUUUCUGCCGAGGAGGCACCCCUUAUUGAAGACGAGUGCAGAGAUAGUGGGUGAAGCAAGAAGGAUUCUCCGAGCUCAGUCCACCCAGAGACCUUACACCCCAAGAGAUGCACACAGGCAGUUGUUUGCAAGAAGCUCUGUCCGUGCAGACCACAGCAGCAGACCUUCCUCAAGCUUCAGUCUUCACGCACAUCAUUUUGAUGUCGGAGACUCCCGGCCAAGUUCAGGGACUCGCCUAUCUCCACUGGAGCAUAAGACAAGGAUUGCAUUUCCCGGCAAUGACGACUUUUCAAAGUCAUCUCCCAAACCUCCCACUGACCCACUGGACCCAAAGAGGACGCCAGCUCGAACACGAGGGCGUCUCCUCAAGGCGGCAUCUCUCUCCACGUUACCUCCUUUAGCAGCGCACACAGAUGCCUCACAAGAAAGAUUACAUCAAAACCCUGCGAAAAAACUGCCACCGGACCAGGCUUUUGUCUCCGGAGACCACAAAGAGGUCUUCGGCGUGCCUCACUUAACUUCACCCCGUAGAAGUCAGAGUGAAAGCAGACUAUCACAGUCCAGUUUUGAUGCUGGAGUCGGAAGCGACGAGGUCAGAGCAGGACAAAGAACAGAUUUGGGCGGGAGUGGAAAGAACAACACAAGCACAGGUGCAGACUCACGCUGGGAUACGAUAGAGUCUCUUCUCCAGCAGCUAAAGGCAGCAGCGGCUGCGGGAGGUGGCCACGAGGCCUCACCGGAGCAUCUGUGUGAUUUGUGCGCCGCUCUCCAUGAUGGCCUGGCAGCGGCGGGUAUGUUGGGCCCUCAGCGCUGUAAGAGGCGCUCGUCGAUACUACGAAUGCUCUUCCAACUCAUUGACCUCGAUUCCCCGCGCCUCCACAUGCACGUCGCCGAGUUGUGUCUUGCUUUACAUGUCAGUGGGAAGAACCUACUCAACAUCUGCAAGCUUAUCUUCAAAAUCAGUCGCAGUGAAGCCAACGACGUCCUAUUCCAGAAUAACUCAGUCCUAGACUCGCUGGUCGGGCUGCUGUUGCGUGAGGAUGCGACGUCAUGCAGCGAAGCGCUGUUUUACAGCGCCGGUACGCUCAAAUAUCUCUCGGGAAACGUCGUCGUGGUCCACCUCCUGUUGGAAAAGAAUUUCAUGAGUGCGACUCGCGAUUUUAUCCAAAAGCUCUGCAGGGUGGAUGACGCCCACCUCACCAUUGCCGGACACAUCCUUGUACAGCUAACCGCCGCCUUGCGAAACCUGGCCGACCACGCCGAGGCCCGCCCCCUCUUUGUCUCCCACUCCCUAAUGUCGAAGCUCUGUUCGGUUCUGCAGCGCUAUCGUCAGGACCAAGACGUGUGCACCAACGUUUCUCGAAUCUAUAGUAAACUCUCCUCGUAUGCCGAGUGCCGCGUCGCUUUGGAGCAGACCCCCGACUGCUACCAACUAUUUUUAGAACUCUUGAGCAAACACCACCAAAACCAGGAUCUGGUCGUGCGUCUGCUCUUCACGCUGGGCAAUCUGACGGCCAAGAGUGACGAGGCACGCCAGCGGCUCUUUCGCUGCGAGGCGUCGCUGGACACCCUCCUGCGGCUGUACGAUGACUACCAGCUGAGGGAGGAAGAGGAGUCGCCGCCUCCGGCCAGCCGGCAGGAGGCCGAGGAUGUGCUGGUGAAGCUGGUCCGGGUGCUGGCCAACAUGUGCAUCCAUGAGGACGUGGGCGCCGCGCUGGCCAGCAGCACCACCUGCGUCCAGCUGCUGAUGGAGACACUGGAGCUGAGGUCGGUGGCAGAGAGCGAGGAGCUGACGGUGAACGUGGCAGGCGCCAUCAACAAUUUGACAUUCUACCGCAAAGAAAGCGCUGUGCUCAGACGCAGCCAGCUGGCCAUCGCCCAGCUGAUGCUCAAGUUGGUGCUCAGCUCCAACAUGACCGCCGUGCUCGAGGCCACGCGCGUCUACGGGAACGUGUCCCAGUCCAAAGAUGUGCGGGACUUUAUCAUGCAGAACAAAGUCCACAGGUUUAUGGUCACGCUGCUGGACUCCAAGAACCCGGACGUGUGCUUCUCGGCUUGCGGGGUCCUCACCAAUCUGGCGCUUGACCCUCCCAACAGAACACUGCUCUCCCUCGAGGGGACCGCAAUCAAACUGACGGACUGCUUGAGAGACCUGGGAGCAGGUGACUGGCAGCUGUCGGCUCAGCUGUGUCAGGCCUUGUGGAACAUGAGCGGAGGAGGCGGACCUGAGAAGCUGCUGGAGGCGCAAGACAGGGAGUCGCUGCUGGAAAUCCUCACGUCCUAUUUGGAUGAAAACGAGAUCUUCAAGUGGACAGAAGAUGAGGACUACCACAGGGCAUUGUGGGAAUUGGAGUUCAGACCCGUUGGCCAAAGACUAUCAUACCUGGUCAAUGAAAUGUAAAUAAUAUAUAUCAUAUAUGUACUGUACAUACACAACAAUUAUGAAUGUUUUUGUUGUGAUACUGACUUUUGAAUCCCACCAUCACGUGACUGUUUUAAAGCACUUUAAAGUCCAGCCUCACAUAUCUUUACAACACUUUUGCACAUUUAUACACGGUAUGUAUAACUUUGUUUUUGUGAGCAUGUAUGCGUGCGUGCGUUUGAUGAGUUGCCUCAGUCUCUAUUGGUAAGCAAACGUUUGAUGAAAUGUGUAAACAAAUAAAAAGCACAGACUCAGCAAGAUA